ACCGGUCGGAGAGCUCGACUAUGCAGCACCAAACCGUUCGGGGAACCACAACUACGAUUCAAUUUCGGCGCGCAUCAUCGAUUGGGAGGUACUUCAGGGCUGCGAGGACGCUUUAUUGGGGACUGUGCAGGAGCUUUGCGACAUCUCACGACUUCGACACGAACUUGCCCGCGCAAUAACGCGCAUCGUCAUACAUAUUAGACGAAACUUCCCCAAGACAAACUCGAUCCUUCGUAUGAGCAGCGAACCAAAAGGCAGCACGCCAGGAUCACUUAGCCCACACAACAAUUUGACCAGAGUCAAUACUUAUCCGCACGCUGAAUUUACCAUCCCGCCAUCGGACACGCUGUCACCAUGCCCAAGUGCCCAAACUCACAACGCCGAUGCCCCGGCAUCGGCCAACUCCAAGGAGAAUCGCCCAAGCAACACUGCAACUGGAGAUGAGAAAGCCCACCGACCUCUCGAUGAGGAAUCUCGAUCAACGUCUAUUGCCAAUGACGAAGUAACCUAUCCGGAAGGGGGCCUAGGUGCCUGGUCUGUCGUCCUGGGAUCAUUCCUUGGUCUCAUCGCCUCACUGGGUAUGAUGAACACGGUCGGUAUUUAUCAUGCCUACAUUGCCGAGCACUAUCUCGCAGACUACACCGAGUCGACCAUCUCAUGGAUCUUCAGCAUGUACGUCUUCCUGUCGUUCUUCUGCGGACUCCAGAUUGGACCCAUCUUCGAUGCGCACGGCCCGAAGCUGUUGGUACUGGCAGGUAGCAUCUUGCUUUGCUUGUCGAACUUCCUGCUCGGUGUAUGCACACUGUACUGGCACUUUUUCCUCGUCUUCGGCGUGCUCGGGGGUCUCGGUACGUCGCUGAUCUUCACGCCCGCCUUCGCCGCAGUCAGCCACUUCUUCCUACAGAAGCGAGGCAAUGCAACGGGUAUUGCUGCGGCUGGAGGAUCGCUCGGUGGUGUCAUAUUCCCGCUGGCGCUAGAGAAGCUGCUACCCAAGGUCGGCUUCCCUUGGGCGACUCGCAUCAUCGGCUUCAUCACACUCUUCUGCUGCAUUGGUGCCUGCUUCCUCAUUCGCUCUCGCCUACCACCCAAAGCUGGACAAUCAGUAUGGCCCGAUUUCCGAAUCUUCCGCCACAAGAGCUACUUCCUGCUCACGGUCGGCAUCUUCAUGAUGGAGUGGGCACUCUUCAUUCCGAUUACGUACCUUACCACCUUUGCGGUCAGUACCGGCGCAUUCAGCCCGUCUUUCUCGUACCAGCUCAUCGCCAUCUUCAACGCGGGAAGUUGUCUCGGUCGCUGGGUUCCAGGCUUCUUAGCUGAUAAGCUCGGGCGCUUCAAUAGCAUGAUUGCGGCACUGGCCAUUUGCUCAGCUACAUCGCUAGUCUUCUGGCUGCCCGCAUCGCUACUCACCCCCACCACCGCGGCCGAAGCUAUGGCUAUCAAAGCACUCUCCAUUGUCUACGCGGUGUUGUUCGGUUUCGCAUCUGGCUCCAACAUCUCGUUGACACCAGUCUGCGUAGGCCAGCUUUGCGAUACGAAUGUCUAUGGCAGGUACUACGCUACCUGUUACACCGUUGUCAGCUUCAGUACCCUUACCGGUAUUCCUAUUGCGGGUGCUAUCAUCCAGGCGACAGGUGGACACUACUGGGGAGUGGUCAUCUGGACUGCAGCUUGCUAUAUUGUGGCUUCACUUUGCUUUGUGUGGAGUCGCGCACUCCAAGUUGGUUGGAAGUUGGGUGUGAAGUUUUGAGGGGUGGUGUCGGCGGCCACGUGGGCUUGCGGGGAGAUUGAACGUGCAGCGACUCGCCAGCGUACUCUUCGCUGCCGCUGGGAUGCGAAUCGAUCGCUGUAACAGGAGGAUGAUGCAAUAGGGAGGGGAUACAGAUUGGAAAAAGAAGGCGUGGAUUGCUUUUGCGCACUUGCGUGCUUGACUGUGGACGGCGGUUUCGCGUCCUCUUACACUCUUUACUUGAUUUUAGGACGAUCUUCGCGGGCAUAGUACACGAAGAAUAACCACUCUUUCUUGCACAUGAUCUUAGCAAACCGG